AUGGGGUUUCCGGUUCUUCAAUCUCUCAGCCGGAUAACCCCCCCUUGCGUGGUUCGAAGAAGAGGAGGUGUGAUCGACGGAAUGCGUCAAAGAGGAAGACAACGUCGAGAGGCUGAUGGCGAGGGACAGCAGGGAGCUGCACCUGAGGUUGGUCCGCAGCACCCGGGAUUUCCCGGAGGACCGACUGAUACUUCUUUACUGAUUAGAUAUCAAAACCAUGUUGCCUAUCAUUUAUGGUUGGGCGAGUAUACUAGUUUGGCCAGGGUAGAUACGCAUCUUUUAUCUGCUUUUGUUGAGAGAUGGCAUCCUGAAACAUCGUCAUUUCAUAUGCCGUUCGGCGAGAUGACCAUCACGCUAGAUGAUGUUUCAUGUCUUCUUCAUGUACCGAUAAGGGGCGAGCUGGUUGACCCCGAUUUUGUUGUCACCGAUUAUGAUGCUAUCCAUAAUGCUGUUGAGUUGUUUGGUGUCUCUUUGAGUGAAGCAUCUGAGGAGGCUUCUUCUGUAAGGGGUCCUUACUAUAAAUUGGAUUGGUUGAAGCAAAGGCAAAAUAUCUACCACUGUUGA